GCCUCGCCUUUUCCUCUGCACAAGUUCCCCCUCCCCAGACCCGCCCCGUCCGGUCACCCCCGCCCGCUACACUCGGCCUCGUCACUGUCCCUGUGCCCGCUUCCAUUCCUAACAGUCCCUAGUUGCCUCUCAGAUCCAGGCAGUUACCGGCAUCAUGGUCCGAUACAUCGAGUCUCUGGAUGACUUCAAAAAAGCCCUGGCUGAUGCUGGCAGCAGUCUAGUAGUUGUUGACUUCACAGCCACAUGGUGUGGACCAUGUAAAAUGAUUGGACCCUUCUUUGACGGCUUGUCUGCAAAAUACACAGAUGUCGUGUUCCUUAAAGUGGAUGUAGAUGAUGCUCAGGAUGUUGCAUCACACUGUGACAUCAAAUGUAUGCCAACAUUUCAUUUCUAUAAAAAUGGAGAGCGGAUACAUGAAUUUAGUGGAGCAAAUCAAGCCAGUUUGGAGCAGAAGGUGCAAGAACUGAAAUAAAGAUAUGUAAUGGGACCUCGUACUAUUCAUUUUAAUUUCUGUAUAUUACAGCAACAUUUCAAACUAUCAUGUACAAAUAUAUGGAAAUAAUUGUGAUCCUUGCUGUCUGCUCAAACUGCUCUACUGUACUGUAAUCCUUCCAAUAUUUAGUUAUGUGCUGCUUGAAUUGGAUCUAAGGAAAGAGACUGAAUAAUAAAAUAACAGAUGAAUUCCACUGUGA